GAUAUCUUUAGAGGGGGAAUUGUCUUCUCUCUCUGUUUUGCUUCGACAAAAACCUUAUGGUUUUCUUAUUUUCGAACGAAAGGGCACGUGAUUCGCAUAUAAUUUACAGUCUUGGAUUCCUACGGCUCUUUAAAUGAACGAAGAUCACGUUUGACGGCUUCAGUUCUCGGCUCAGAUCCUGCCAGACCCGAGAAGACUGACUACUCAAUCGAUCCGCCAAGAUUUAGACGGGUAUGUAAGUUGGUUUACAACUGGAGCUUUUGUUAUUAUGAUACGUUAAACACUAUUUAAGCAACCUGCUUAUUUUGUUGGCAGACUGUUUGAACUAGCCGAUAUCACAAUCCAGACAUUAAACCUCGACUUCUCUCGAUUCUUUCGUGAUCUCUCCUCUCCAAAUAGUCAGGAUCGAGUUUCUUUUGGCAGCUGAUCGCAUGACGCCUUUUCUCCAGUCCAAUUCACGCCAACUUAAAUAUUUAAUUACAUCAUGGCGAGUUUUAACAACUUUGUUUACACUUUGCAAAGUUACACAAUGUUCAAUUACUCUUGUCAUCGAGAAUGGUUUGAACAAUGUUUUCGAUCAACAUAAAUAUAACAUUCUUAUACAAAGCUGUUAGCACGCCGCUGUCGAGUUUACAAAUAACUUCUGAACAUGAGUAAUUGGCUAAGUUACUUACACACUUGUAUUCAGUUUUGGCCGGAUCUUUCACAUAAACAUUUCUUGAUUUUCAACUUCGUGAAAUACGGGUUUGAUUGUAAUGGACCGUUUAAUGUAUCCAGUAUUCUAAUAACAAUGAAAUCAAUUGAGUCAUCCUCGCGAAUAUAUUUCUUCAAACAGCAUGAAGUUGCUUAGACAAAGAAAUUCGUAUAAGGUUUGCCCUCUGUCGUAGUCAGUUAACAAAAGGACACAGUUUACUUUCAGUAAAAAUGGCUGAGUCGUUUGAAAUAAUAAACAACUCCAGGAUUAAUCGGCUCCUGACAAGUCAUAUAAAAAACCAGACAGCUUUCAGUUCAAAUGAACGGUCUUAUUGAGAAAACACAAAAGCUAUUGAAAUCAACAUUCAAUUAAACUAAAAGAUAUUCACAUGCAGAUUCUUUUGUUCCUUUUUUAAAAAAAUUCUAUACUAGCCACUUUUGUUCCACCUGACGAAUCACUACAGAGAAUAAAAAGGCGCCUUUUACCUCUUUUUGAAAUAAAUUAAGGGAAAACCCCGACUCUACCGCUACCGGAUGAUAAAAUCAAAGGACUGUUGUCUCCAUAAAAAGAAAAUUAGCUUGCAGUGUUUGUAACUGACAAUAGCUCCCAAAAAUUUGACAUUUCGCUUGUUUAUUGACUGAAAGUGCAAUAUUAGGCAAUAUAUUCAAUCACGUGGAAAGAAGGUCCAUAGUAAAUCUUAAACAACAACAUCCGGCUUACGGAGUCGAUUUUACUUCGACACAAAAACACUUCACUGAUUAACUAAUCUUACGGCCUGUUUACAUGGAGGUGGGGGACCCCAGGUAGGUGAGGUAACCCGUUUUGGUGGGUAACCCGCCUGUCCACAUAUUCUCUCAUUUUAAUUUGAUCACGUUUACAUGAUAGGUGGGGUGACCCGCCGCAUGUUACCUCACCUAUCUGGGGUUCCCCACCUCCAUGUAAACAGCCCCUUAGGACCAAUAAUCAAUUUUCUUGUUAUUUGUGUUAAAAUUUAAUUGAAAAGUAUAAAGACUUAGAGUAAAGAAAACCUCAUUUUUUGAUGAGAUCCAACCCCCUUUGAUACCGCCGAGAGGAUACGGUGCUGCUGGAUACCGUCAAUUUUUUCUUAGUGCGUUGGUAACAGGCCGCUAGGUUCAACUGUAUACUUCAUAUAACUGUUUAACUGUUUAUUAAUUGUGGCAAAUUUUACAGAAAGCAAUAUCCACUGUCCGCAAUAAGCAGAUUAGCUAGUCGAGGCGAGCAGUGGUUACACGUGUGUGAUAUACAUACAGCUACAUCACAAGAGAGACUAGAGAAAAAAAAGUAAAAAAUGUUAAAUAAAUAAACAAAUAAAUAAAAAUUCAAUUCAAUUUAAACAAUCAUGUACAUUGCAAAUAUAAGAAGCCGAGUUUUCAGGCAGAGUACAGACUUGUACACAACCUGCUAGAAUGACUAUUUGAAAUAUAUUUAUUAUACAAACUGUAGAAAGAAAAAGACCUUGUCGAAGCUCACAACUGCGUGCUACGUUUAUGGUUUUACCCUGAAAAACAUUGUACUUGUUUCGACAGUAGGGCGAAAAAACAAUACCUCAUUGAUUUUAUGAUGUUUUUUGUGACUGCAAACAUUCAGUGACAUCAGAAUUUUGUCUCCUAAAACGCGUACAGAGUUACUUGUUUCAGGGUUUAAAAGAAACUUGAAUCAUUUAUAGGAACAAAUCUGGUCACACUAGAGGACGACUGGGGGCGCCAUGGAUGACAAACACCGAGAAAUCUUGCGACGAAACUGGUCCACACUCAGAAGGGAUCUGGAGCCAGUGAAGUUGUUACCUCAGUUGGUGAACGUCUUAGACGUCACAGAUGAGCAAGAAAUUAAAGUGAGAGCUACUCGAGAAGAUGCGAGUGAUAAGCUGUUAGAAAUUCUACCCAGGAGAGGGCCAAAGGCGUUUGAAGACUUUGUAAAAGCAUUGCAGGAAGUCCAGCCACAUUUAGCUUCUCCGUUAGUUCAGCAAUCAGGUAAACACAUUUUCUGUUAGACGUUGUUCUGUCCUAAUUAUAGGGGUUUACUGAUAAUAAAAGAAGGGAAAAUCAACGUUAAAAAAGGAUCCAGGUUGUUAUACUUGAUUCAAAAACGACUAUUACAUUUAUCUUCCUCUACGAGGCUUCAUAGACCUUUUACUGAUGGUGUGCAAACUGUACAGGGACCCUUGAGAGAUUAUUUUUGGACAGGAACUGAUCCCCCUGCGAUUCAAGAAGGAAUUUAUCAUGGACCCCGUUCCAUUUAAUAAAAGCUCAUGAACAACCAUGACGCUUGAUUUCAUACUACCGGUAGCUGGUAAUGUAACGAAGCCGUACCCUUACAGAUCCUCUCCCGUAUUGGUUUUAUUGUGUUCAGAGGAAGGUAAAUGAACGAAAAUGUUAUUAAAAAAGUUCGUCACCAGUCAGAGCUUUUCGAACCUGACGAGAUUCAUAUUACAUGAAAGAUGGCAAUGAUAUGUUGCCUCAUUUUGGUGGUGAGGCUGCAAAAUCACCCCGUACAUAGGCAGGGCAGGUAAAUAAACCUGGUCAUUGUUGGUUUAUUGGAGACCGCGUCCAUAGUUAUUUAUCGCAGAGGCCUUUAUUAUGUUGCGUGAUAUUUUUUUUUACUUCUUUCUAAAGAAAUGGAGGAGAUCAAGACAGAAUUGAACCGCGCCAGAACACGUAGCGCGAGGUUGAGGGAAGAAGUUAAAAUAACGAGGACGGAAUUAGAAAAAGAACGACAAAAUCACAAGAAAACGCUAAAGGAAUGCGAGGAACUAAAAAGUAUGAAUAAAAUGUUAAUGACAAAAGGAGAAGACGAUAAGAAAUUCAUGGAGAGCAGUCUUCAACAACUGAAGACAACAAUUGAAGAACUGGAAAAACAGGUAUUGGCUGAAAGAAGUGAAAAAGAAGUUUAUGUCGAGGAGACGGAGCGCUUACGGGGUUUGUGUGACCAGCUAGACGAAGCAAGGUCUCGAACGGAGAAAGAGUUGCGCAAACUCAAGGAAACACUGGAUGAGAAAACAAAAGAACACAAAGAGAUGGUCCGAAAGUUGUCAGACUACAACAACAAUAUUUUAAACGAAACAUUUCUUCACGAUGAUCUUCACUCAAUUUCUCGCCAACGAGAAAUUGUCCUUUCUGAUCAAUCUCCAAUGAGGGUCCUCACUCCCCUUUGUCUUACUGAGAAUGCAGUCUUGGAAAAGAACAGUAAAUUUUUGAAAAAUGGCGCAGACCUAGCGGUUGAGCUAGAAGAGACAAGAAAGGAUCUGGCUAGAGUGGUGAAAGAGAACGAAGGAACAAAACGAAGAUGCGAGGAAUUAGAGAAACAACUCGAGGAAACUCUUGCUAGUAUGGAAACACAUCGCAGUGCGAGCGUCCAUGACAGGGCCACUUCUCCUGGAGAGAUAGUGCAAUUUGAAUUUGAAGGUGAGUUUAGCACAGGGGGGAGAAAUGUUUCUUAAUAGAAGGAGAUGACUCAAUCAUAACUGAAAAUGAAAGAAACAACGAAUGAAAAAACACACACACACGAAAUUGAAGGGACGAAACCUCCCUACCAGUCCCUGUAUGGCGUUUUCUCCGGUCUUCUAGGCCAAUGCGAUUCGGUCGCCUAGCCGUUACGAACGGCAGGACCAAUGUGACCCGAAAUGCAUGCCAUGAGCCGCGCACCGCGCAAAUAAUGAGGUCUAUGGACUUGGCAAAAACCUUUCAAGAUUAAUGCAAGGGAGGGUCAGUGUGACGCGCUUAAGCAGGUUUUAUAUGUAGAGGAAAAUGCGCGAAAUUGCGGUGGCCGAAUGUUUUUUCUUUGGUUUAUUUGCGAAAAAUCAGUCCACUUUUCUAUGCUUUUCAUUUGAGGCUAUCAUAUUAGAAAUCAUAUUCACCACAAAAAAGCAAAUAACAGUGCUAGAACACCAACCAGUUCCAAGACCAUUGUGAAAAUGUUAAAUCAAAAGUUAAGGAGCGUGGGUUCUGAAACUGUCAAUGGUGUUAGCAUAAAAAACGAUGUUAUAAGUUGUUAUUUCUUUGCAGAUGGGCUGAACUGCUCGCGUUGUGACGAACGUGAGGAAGAAUGUAACUUGCUGCGAACUGAAAAAGACCUAAUCAAAGCAAAAAAAGAGAAGUUGGAGGAGGAAAAUAAGCAAAUAAACAGCCACAUCAAAAUAUUGGGGGACGAACAUAUGCGAGAAAGGCAAACAUUUCAAAAGGAAUUGCAAAGCAUGAAGGAAGAACAUGAAACUUUAUCACGAGACUUUGAGAAAGAACUGCAAAAAAUGCUUUGUGGAGUAAAAGAACAGCAGUUACAGGAAAUGAAAAAUCUACAAGUGCAGAACGAAGAACUAAAAGAACAAAUAAAUAAACACAAAUCUGAAGUUCAUAAAAUAAAGACGGAACUGAGUAGGGAAAAAUCACAAGUCGAGAAACACCAAGAAGAUUUCCUUAAAGUAAAGAAAAAUUUGUCUCGUGAAAAAAAGAAGGUAAAAGAAGUGAAAGAAGAACUGUUGGUUGAAAACAAGGCAAAAAAAGACGCAUUAAAGGAAGUGGAAAAAUUGAUGAGGGAACUAAGCAAUCAGGAAACGGACAAACGUGAAGAUAUUACGCGACUUCGCGAGGCCGCAAACGUGGAACGCGCCAGGUGCGACACUUUGAAAGAAGAAAUUCAAAGGUUGCGGAGUAUGCCAGGCCGUAAGUUUGCAGUUCUGUUAAUAGAUUUGUUCGGCUAGGAUAGGUUUGAUUAACCGCCGCUGAUCGGGAAAGGAGCCCGCGCGCCUCCCUUCUCUUCUUGGUGCGGAAUCAAACCGGAGCCGAAAGAGCGCGGCGGAAAUUGAGCCCAAGGUCGUCUCAGAACGCAAAUUAGGGCGCAUUGUAUUCCACCACAAUUAGACGUCCCAUUUUGACUCCAAAUUAGCACUUGUCAGGUAGCCUAGGUAUGAAGAGCAAGCAAACUUUUGAGGGCGCUCUUGUUUGUUUCAACUUUUGCUCUGUCUACUUGCGAUUCAAAAAAGCACUUCUGUGAGAAGGCCAGACGAAGGUAAGACGACGCAAGUUCGAGAUUUUGUGUGUACUGUCUUUUGCUCCCUUGGUGGAUCAUAUGCCCCCACCCCCCAAGAGAAACAAAAUAUUGUUAUGGUGAGUUUUGUAGAAAAUAGACAAUAUAAUUAUGCCAUGGGAUGAUUUUUGAAUCCCAUCUGGACAAGGAUUCAUGUGAACAUUUGAUGCACCAUUUGAUCCGUGUGACCUUGGAUCCGCAUUAAAUCUAGUCUGCUACACAACCGUUUUUAGUGUUGUCACGCAACGUUCCUCGUAGUAGACUACAUUAAAUCCCGGUUAUCCCUAAAGGAUGAAUGUAAUCUGACCCAUUGCAGGAACAGACCUCGGUUAAUGCUCCUUAUUUUAUCUAUGUUAACUUCGAAAACAUUGGCUAAUGCAGAUCCUUUUUUCCUUUUCAAUUAACACAGGCGUUUUAAACUACAGAAAAGAUUUCGACAGACACGGUGUUCUCUAUGCCCUGGGAACAAACUUUGGUACAACUCCAUGGGUGAACCCCGGUGGUACCAGCGCCUCUCCUACAAGAAUAAUCGCCACGCGCUCCUCUGAUCAUGAUGAGCACAGUGACGCAAUUGAUCUGCUUGAAAAUCGCAGAGGAAGCUUAAGUGGAACAAAGGACGAAGACAAAUCAUGGUGGUGUGUGGACUUAACGGAAAAAUACGCUUUAUAUCUCACCCACUACUCCCUGAGACAUGGGAGAGACAAUGGAAUGUCAAUCGUUCGUAACUGGCGCCUAGAAGGGUCGCUUGAUGGACGUAUUUGGAAGACACUGAAAAAGCAUGACAAUGAUCGCGGGCUCAAGGAUCCUUUCCCUUACUACACAGCCACAUGGCCAGUCGACGGAGAACUGGGGGCCUUUCGGUAUUUUAGGAUUUUUCAGACGGGCAAGAAUUCCUCAGGGAGAUUUAGUAUUUUUCUUUCCGGUAUUGAAUUGUAUGGAAUACUCAUAGACGUAGGCGGUUAACGCGUUAACAACUGUUACGGUAGCCAGAGAAAACAGCACUGGAUUUCCCGCAAAAUUACGUCUGAGGAACG